AUGGCUCCAGAGGUUAUUAAGGUCUCAAAAUUCUCCAAGAACAGUGAUGUUUGGAGUUAUGGUGUAGUGUUAUGGGAGCUUUUGACUGGAGAAACACCAUACAAAGGUAUUGAUGCUCUGGGGGUAGCCUAUGGAGUAGCAGUUAAUAAGCUUACACUACCCAUUCCUUCUACCUGUCCAACACUCUUCUCACAACUGAUGGCAGAUUGUUGGCACCAAGAACCUCAUGGAAGACCAACUUUUGCCCAGAUUCUGGAACGCCUGGAAGAAAUUGCCUCUUCAUCCUUCAUGACCACGCCUCAAGAUUCAUUCCAUACAAUGCAGGAGGACUGGCGACUGGAAAUUGAGCAAAUGUUUGAUGAACUUCGAAGCAAAGAAAAGGAGUUGCGGUGCCGUGAGGAGGAAUUAACCAAGGCUGCUCUUCAGCAAAAGAUACAUGAGGAGUUAUUGAAGAAACGUGAACAAGAAUUGGCUGAACGGGAGAUUGACUUGCUAGGUAGGGAACUGAAUAUUUUUCGGCACAAUAUCACUGUUCAGCAAGAACAAACUUACCAGAUGUAUGGUCAUACAAGUCCUGAUAGUCCACCCUCACAGGCUAACCCUGCCCCCAGGCUACGGGCUAUUGCAUAUCCUGUUGAUGGGGUCAAAGGUAAAACAUGGGGACCGAGCUCUGUACAGAAGGACCGUCACCAAAGAUCGUCGGUUAUUUUUGCUGAUGGCCGUUGGUCGAGUGCACCCAAUCUAGAAAAAUAUUAUAAUCACUUUGGUGGACAUGCCAAUAUUAGUGCUUUAAGGGAAAUUUAUGGUGAAGAGGAUGCAUUUCCUACAGAACUCAUGGACAGUGUAUACCCUUCCUCUCCUGGUAGUAACGGGGCCAAUUGCCCCUCUGGAAUGAGCAGUCCACUCAGCCCAACAUGUGAUAGUGGCGGAAACCUGAAACGAUGUUCCGUGCGGAAAAAGACUGAUGAUGUAUUUUACGACAUGACAGUUCUACUGGCUGCAGUGGCUGCUGGAUUUGACAUCCGCAUUUCAAACACCACAGCCACACAUCCAACCAUGCAAGGUGCAUUUGAUGAUAACCCUUGGGUCAGUGGUAACGAAGGACGUUCUAACAAACGGGACAUGUUUAUUCUUAACCGGCGUGACGCUUACUUUGCUGCUGUCCGAGACUUUUUCAUCAAGCCUGAGGGAGACUUCAAAAACUGUCACAUUUCACCUUCCACCGCUGGCCAUCACCACACAUACCAUGGUCCACAAAGCAAAAACCGACCAAGUGCAAACUUUGAUGUACCGAUACAAUUCUGUGUUCAACCGCUUAAGGACUCUUUGCAACAGCAGCAAGCUGGAGUACAUUCAAAUAUGUCUUCUGGUCAGAGGUCAUCUCUCAUAGACAGCGAUUCAAACCUUAUUCAUCUGAUGUCUUCAGACAGGCAUGACUUUCCUACGCUGCAAAGGCAGGCAUCAGAAGGCAGCACUUAUGAUUCUACUCGAACUUCGAAAGCAACAAGCACACACCGUCACUCAGUGACAUUUGAGGAUGAAUGCAACAUAGACAAAAGACACCACAUGUAUACUCACAGGCGUACACCUUCAAAUACCUCUAACUCUUCCUAUGUUCCUCAUGAUUAUGACGGGAGGUACUCUCCAGGCCAUGAUUAUAGGACACAGGAUGUAGCACGCUUGCGACACAGUGGGGAUCUUGCUGAGCGGCCAAAUACAUUGGACAUUGGGGGCCGCUAUGUACCACCUCGAUAUGCAAAUACGCAGCACCUUCAUAGGCCCUCAGGUGAUUCUCCACUAUACAGUUCGACAUGGUCGAAAGACUCUCCUGGGAACACUCCCCCACACAUUGAACAUCAAAAGACAUUGCUUGAUAUUGAUGUUGAGGGACAGAGUCAAGACAGCACCCAACCUCUCGUCAAAUCCCAUAGGCCAGCACCAGCCAAUGAGGCAAGAUGUUUACUUAUUUUCUCCCUCUCUAUUUCUGUUUACCUUUUUAUUCCUUUUUUCUUUUUUUCCUUUCUUUUUUUAAUUUUUUUCUCCAUUCUUUUUUUAUUUUUUUUCUCCCUUUUCUCCUUUUUUUCUCUCAUCUCUUUUCAUUUUUCUUUUUUCUUUCCUUUUUUCUUUAAAUGA